AUUCACUUGAGUAUUGAUUAUCGAUGGAAGUCAUGGAAACCUUUAUAUUGUAUUCAAAAGUGGAUUAACGCAUAUAUCGAGUAGCGAAUGUAGAAGUUUCGAUAAUUAAACAUGAAUGAACUUGAUCUUUCAGUAUCGAUCAACAGUGAUCUUGAAAGGAGAAUCGUAGAAGCAUUUUUAAUAUUUGAUCAUACUGGUAACAAAACGGUGGACGCUAGGGAAAUUUCCACCAUUGUCAGAUCUUUAGGAUGCUGUCCAACUGAAGCGGAAAUUCAAGAAAUAAUUGUGGCUAACGAGGAUCAAGAGUCCCCUGGAAACGUUCAUUUAUCAGAUUUCUUGCCCUACAUGGUACAGGUCAUCACUGAAAGGAGAUUUCAACCAGCUUCUGCUGAAAAACUGUUGGAAGCUUUCAGAGUAUUAGACCCCAAAGGAAAAAAAUAUUUGACCAUAGAUGAGAUCUCUUCCCUCAUGACUGAAGGUGGGGAACCCUUGCAACCAGAAGAAUUAGAAGAAAUGAUGAGGGUUGGAAUAGAUCCCGAAACAGACAGUUUUCCCUAUGAAGUAUACAUCAAUGAGAUUAUGUUUGAUUAGUUGGAGUUCGGAGAAUGGACGGAC